CAGCUCAAAACACAUUUUAGGGUGGUUCUGCUCAAGUCAAGAUGACGGAAAGACUUUGACCUUUUGCCAUAUUCACACCAAAUCAGGGGUUGUGGACAUUAGCACAGGGUUGUGGCUGUGUAAAUGGUGUGGAACGAUAAGAAAGUAAGGUUUAUUUUUGUGGUGAGUAAGUGGAUACUGAUGUUGAACUAAUGUUGGAAGAGCAGGCAGGUACCCGAUUAGCAGUACAUUCUGAGGGGUUCUUGUGCUUAAAUUGAAGGACUUCUUUAACCUGGGACCUGCUCGGGUUUAGUUGCUAUUGUUACCUCUAUCAUCGUAAUAAACUCUUCAACAUCAGAUUCUGCCUGACUCAUGAUUAUUUUUCUGAACUCCAAUAGAAGCUGCAGAGGAGCUUUUUGCCAAAGAUUGACCAGAAACUUCCAGGUCCAGGUUGGACAUUUGUUACUCCAACACAACCACUAAUUUUCCCUUUUUUUUCAUUUGUUUUCUAGACCAGGCAAGCGCUUAACUGAAGUCAUCACUUCAAAGAGAGCUCUACAUGCAAUGCAGUCUGGAUUUCCACACAGCCAAGGAGAGGCAUAUCCUGCGGUCCAACACUGGCAUGCUCUUACAUCAUUUCAACACAACAAUGUUACACCUGUACCAGUGGUUCAACCUGCAAAUGGAAUACAAAAAAACGUGGUAGCCACUCAAUAUCCUGGGGAGCUCAGAGUGUCUUACAAUCCACCUCAGUGGCAGCAAGACAAUACACAAUCGCAACAACAUUUCCAGGGACUCUACCACCAACUGGAGUCACAAGCAAGCUUGGCAAGCACUGGAUUCCAGUACCCAAAACCCUGGGCUAGUAAGUGUAGUUCAUGCCGAAAACCCAAUGCUUUCCGUUAUUCAUCAGCACAUGCCUCUGCCCAACACAGCGAUUCUUUUGGUACAUCUGCUAAUGAGAACUCUGUAAAGCAGUCUGAUUAUAACACUGGACGGCGAAUGGAAUGUUGCAAACAAAAAGGGUCAAAGUGGAACAUUAGUACCUGUUCUGCAGCACUUCGGGGAGACACAUUUGGACACCGAGCACAGACUUUACAGGAUCAGUCUUCUUCUGUGCCUGAGAGUUAUUGGAAGAGACCUUACCCAUUGUUGCAUGCCUUACUGAAAGGAAACUGUGAGAGUGAGCAAGUGAAAAGUUCACUAGCUGCCAUAAACUGUGGAAAGACUAGAACACAAAAUCUAGAUUAUUCAGGAGGAACCUGUUCUGUCCCCUGUCAGCAGCAGGUCUCCUCCCCACCUUCACAGACAUCCACAGAAAAAAUCUCACCAGCUGGAGAAAUGGUACCAUCUACAAAUGAUCCAAUAAACAACAUCAUUUUAGAAAAGGUGUUACAUUUUAGGGACAUUUUACAAAACAGAAAUUAUGGGCAGAAAUGCAAUAAGAGAUGCAGUAUUGCCUCUGACAAAGAAGAUGUGGAGAGGCAAAGCCUUAACUUUGCUGUGUUUGAACAGUCCACUGCUGCAGUUGGACAAGCACCUGAAGAGGACAGUUUAUGGAGCAGCAAAGAAAAUGCUGAGUUAACUUCUACAUCUGAAGACACAGGUAAUUGUGCUACAUUUGCACCAGAGAAACUUCUGCUGUAGGAAACUCAAAACAUGGUCUUAAAACUGAAUCUUUUGGAAAGAAUGCAUUGGUAGAUUUGGAUUUGCCAGUAAAAAUACACUUGGAUGUAGCAAUGCCUGCAAAUGGUGAGGGCAAGCUUGUUUAUUCAGUUGACUAUGAAGAUGAAACAUUUGUCAGAAGCAAUGAUGAAAGUAAAUGGUGUGAUAAGUACUUACAUACAGAAUAGCACCACUCUUCAUUAUUCAUUAACUGCAUUGAACGAGCUGAUUGCUAGUCUGGAGAAUGUAGAGACCAUUGCAGAGAUGGAUAAUCUUCCUAUAGUUAUACUGCAAUAAUAUUGGAAUGGGGAUAUAGAUAACAUUCAUCUCUUUACAUCCACAGAAUAUCCACAAAUUAUGGUGAAAGUUGCUCCAGUGGUUCUCACCACAGUGCCUGGAGUUACCUUUGAUGAACUGACUGAGAAGCACCCAAAUUCAACGCGCAACAGCGGAGCAUCACAAGAAGAAAAUAAGUCUCUCAGGUUAAAUAUUAACAAGAAUUUGGAUGACCAGAUGCCCGGUGUUUCUUGGGCUCUGAAACCCAUGACAAAGAGGGAGAAAGGAGGCCUAAAACCAGUGGAGACAGUAGGGUUGGACAAUGUGCGAGAUGUGACAGAUGUCUCAGAUGAUCUUCAAACCAUGUCAUGUUCAGUGGUAUCUGAAAACAAAACAUUUGAACUCACAUCAUUCACUGAAAAAGAUGCAUAUAAGAAAAAAAUGAAAGAAGUUGAAGACCAACAGCACUGUGAAGUUACCUGUAAGGAAGAAAUAAAACAUUCCAAGCUAAAUUCACCGAUUGACAAUAUUCAGAUUGAUAAUGUGUCAAUUCCCAAAACAAGUCAUGGAGGUGCAAGAGAGGAUGCAGGCUCUGUGCAUAUACUAACUGGUGUAAGCAUAGCACUUUCUGAAAACAAAGUUGGAGAACACGCGUGUCCAUCUAAAAGUGAGGGCGAGGAAGCACUCUCUGUGAUAGAUCUACAAUAUGAAGAAGACAUUUCAGAUGAUGAAGGCAUAUCUCAACUGGCCACAGAACUUCCAAAAACAGAGCACAAGGAAUUAAGCUUUCAAGUAAGUUUUGGAAAUCCACAGUAUGAAGAUGUAAGUGAAGAUGACGAUACACAGAUUGAAAAUAUGGCCAUGGAGGUGCCUUCAUUGACAGUACAUGAACCAAACAAUAAGCAGGCCCCAUUUGAAAAUGAACUCUAUGGACAUAUGCAAGGUCAGGCUCAGAUGCAGACAGAAAUCAUCUCCGAUGAGGAACUGAUUCCAAAGAAGGUGGUUUCCCCAGUGACCGAAACACUUGAUAUAGCACAUUGCCCUAGUCCAUGUUCUGAUGACUGGAUGGUUAUACCUAUAAACAUGUCUGACCUUAAAUUUGAACCAGAAGAUGAAGACCUGGGUGGCCCAGAAGAAGUUGUGCUAAAUGAUGGCAGUGAAACAGGAAAAGAAACACAGUGUGUCACAAGUCCAACACGCUGUGAGUCACAAUGGCCAGCUCCUGAGGCAUUUGACACUGUUGAUAGCUUUCUACAAAAAAAAGGUGUACAAUAUAAAACAUUAGCAGUAGCACUUGCCACAAGCCCACCUGAACAUGACCCGGACUUUGAGAGAGAACCACAUACACCUCAGGACAGAAGAGCGUCAUACCCUGAGUCUGAAGACAGCUGUGAAACUGAGGACAGCUGUGAUUACUCAUCUGACUCAGAACACAACAUUUUGACUGUGUCCACGCAGAGGCCAGCACCUCCCCAGCCUAAUGAAAGUUGUGAUACAGAGAACAGUUAUGAUUACCCAGCUUCUCUGUCCCCAGCUGUGUCUGUUGAUUCUGUGUCUGAGGAUGAUGAUACAGAUGUGCAAAAAGGCCAAACUAGGGGUUUGGACAAGUUGAGCAUACAAAAGCUUAGAUGGCUCAUAAAACCAAAAGCUGCAUCCAACCAUGUUCAACAUAAGGAGAAUGGACAAAAUAUAGACACAAUAAUCAUUGAUUCUGACACAGAGGAUGAAAGUGACCAACACUAUAAAAAGAAGGCAAAAGCAAGGAAGUUAUUCACUUCAGGCUCAGAUGACAGUGAAGAUGUACCAUUUAGUCAACAAAAGAGACAUUCACCUCAAACUGUGGACAGUCCGUGUGGAACUGUGAGUGAAGUAGUGAUGCAGGAUGAAUGCUCUGAGAGUGUUCAACAUAACAGACAAAGGAUUUCUAAAAACGAAGAUGUAAUAAACCUCGUCUCUGACACAGAGGAUGACGAGGACAAAAACUUCUCUUCAGGGUCAGCAGAAGGCGGGGAGUCCCCAUGUGUUCAACAAAAGAGACAAUCACCUCAAGCUAUGGAAAGGUAUGGUACUGCUGAAGAAACGUUCAAAGGAACCAGACUGUCCUCUGCAGACUCCUCGCUGACACAGCAUCAGUCUAAACUGGUGUCAGAAGAAAGAAAGAAGGCAAACACAAAGAGAAUACGCUCGUCAGGACUAGAGGACAGUGAUGAUGCCUUAUGUGCUACAAAAAACAGACCUCCAGCUGGAACUGUGGACCGUCUUUGUGGAAUUGCCAAGAAAAAACCUAAAACAUCCAAACUGACAUCUGAAGAUUCACAAAAGAUGCAUUCCCUUUCUGCAGACAAUGAGGCAGACUCCACUUUGGGUCCUACUCCUGUGAUUCCUCACCUUCUUGUUCUUAAGUCUUCUCAACCUAACAACUUGAAACUUUCAAAAGAAUCCAGAGACAACAUGCAUGGUGAUGGUAAAACUCAGGCUCCAAAGACUGGAACCAGCAAAAAGACAGACUUCUGUGAAAACAAUACACAGUAUCCUAUCAUAAAAAAACAAGUAAGAUUUGUGUUCAAACCAAAACCCGCAAAUGACCGACAACAUGCAACAAAGAAUAUAGUGCAGACCAAUGUAGCAAAACCCAUACUGGUUUCAAGACCACAAUCAUUACCUGACCAGGAAGGCCCAUCAACCUCCAGCGGUUGCUCGUCUUCCACUAGCGGACAACAUUCUGAAGCCAGACAAAGCGCCUCCUCGUCUAGAGCCUUGUCUCAGUCUGGAGAAACCUCUGCCUCCUGCAGUUUUCCCAGACAACAGUUCUCCUCAUCCAAACUGCAGCGGUCUAACAGCAACCAUUCAACAUUAGAUCAUCAUAACCCUCCCACAAAAGGCCCUUCUUUUUCUGCAACCAUGCAGUCUUCAGCAAAGAAACAAGUGAAGAAAGCCUGGGAGAAUAGCCAUGUCCCCAAAACUAUACACAGAAAAAGUCACCUGGGGACAGAGGAGGACUCGAGAACCCCAAAAUAUAAUUUGGUUAAUGAGGCAAAACUGGGACAUAAUCAUGACGUGGCACCCAGACGGAGGCGCAGCUCCCACGAGUCUACACCCCACCUGUUGAAGAAGUCCAAGUCUGAUGCCAUACAGUGGACAAGGGCCACAAAUCGAGACACCACAAAAAAACAAAGAUCGCCUGCUGUGAGCAAAGGUUACAAGUGGUCAGAGAAGCCAACAGUGGCUAAAACAACAAGAAGGUACCAGAGGUAGAGCAAGAAAUGUGGAACUUCAGAGACCCUCAUCUGUGGGGAAAAAGGUUCCAGCGUUGAACUCCCACAGGGUCAGGUGGUUGAGUGGCUGAUUGUGUCUUUAAUUUUCCAGAGCAUUUGGGUGUAGUACAAUGACAGACUACAUUGUACCUAUAUUAUAGACUACCUGUACUGUACCUGUAUUAUACCUAGACUAUAUUAUACCUAUAUUAUAAAAACUUAAGUCUGUAUUUUAAGUAACUACUAACUGUAUAUGUAAAUACACAUACUGUAAAUACUAUAUAUUAUAUCUUUUUGUAGUUAGCCUGUCAUUGUGUGUGAAUGUGGUGGUGUCAACUGAAAACCAAUAUUCUUUUUAUCAGCUACCUCAAAUUGUGUGAAGAUUUCAGCAUUAUGCUGUUGCAUUUUUUUUCUUUGAAUUCUGUAUAAACUUUUCAGAUAUUUUAAUGCUAUUUUUUUAUUAAUCCCAUUCCUUACCCAUUUCAAGUUAACUGUUUUUGUACUUUGAAAACUCAGCUUUGAUUGCUGUUACUAUUUCCUAUGGGCAAUGUGUUCGUUUUUAUAAAGUUAAUGUCACAAUG